CCUUUCCGUCCAACCGUCCCCCUCGCGCAUCACAUCACAACAAACGCGCUGCGCUCUCGCCCCGCUUCAUCCGCAACUCCCCACCCUCCUCCCCGUCCCCAUCCAUCUCCAUGGCCUCCGCCGUCUCCCUCGCCGCGUCGCCCUCGCCCCUCGCCCCCGCCAGCUCGCCCGUGCGGACCCUCCGCCACGGCCACGCCGCGCUCCCGUCCGCCCGCGGCCCGCGGUCCCCGGCCCUCCGCGCGGUCUCCGGGAACGGCCGUGGCGCGUCGGCGGUGGUGCGCGCGGUCCAGGGCCAGGACACCACCAUCCAAGUUCCUGAUGUCACGAAGGCAACAUGGCAGUCACUUGUUAUGGAGAGCGAGCUUCCUGUCCUCGUUGAGUUCUGGGCCUCCUGGUGUGGACCGUGCAAAAUGAUCGACCCAAUUGUCGGCAAGCUGUCAAAGGAGUAUGAAGGGAAGCUGAAAUGCUACAAGCUCAACACCGACGAGAACCCAGACAUAGCAAGCCAGUACGGCGUCCGGAGCAUCCCGACCAUGAUGAUGUUCAAGAACGGUGAGAAAAAGGACGCGGUGAUCGGAGCAGUGCCCGAAAGCACACUGGUCACAUGCGUGGAGAAGUUCACCGAGAGGUAAAAUGUCGGAACGGACCUCCUGGACAGAGUUAGCGCUUGGCAUCCCACGCACGUCCUACGUUCAGAUUAUCUGAAACUCCUGCACAAUCUUUCUAUACCUGCGUGUAGAUACUAGAUAGUAUCAGUAAAUUGCUUUCUGUAUCAUCAAUAAUAAGUAGAAUCGCCUGGUGAAAGUCCCAUGAAAGCCUGGUUCUCCAUUGUUACCAUUUUUUUGGGCUGUAGAUAUAUAUGACAGGACUGUUAAAAGAGUCAGUAUUCUGUAGCAUAUCCCAUAUUUCCAUCAGUUCGUGUGAUUGUUUCCCA